ACUGAAAUCCCCAGUCGUUAUCUUUCUCCCUCCAAAUUUCCCCCAAUCUCAACGACCAUGAAAUUUAACCCCAGCCUCUCAUGGCCGUUCUCCUCUCCCUCUCCUCUUCCUCCCGCCUUCCAAACCUUCCCGAAAAUCCCCAAUUGCACCACAACCCCAACCCCAAAUCUCUCAAUCCUACUUCCUUUCUCGACAAUCGCCAUGUUCAGUCCAAGAGACAGUUUUUGCUCACAACCACUUCACUCGGUCUCAUAGCCCUAACUUCCCAAACCCCACUUCCCAAUUCCUUCGCUGUACCUUCUCCCACGCCAAAGCCUGCAUCUUUCUCAGGAAUCGUCAACACAAAAGCUUGGCUUCAGCACUAUGGAGAUGGGUUCUCCAUCCGAGUCCCUCCACAGUUCGAGGACAUCGAGGAACCAGAGGAUUUGAAUGGCGGAUUGUCUCUUUAUGGAGAUAAGGUUAAGCCAAAGACCUUUGCUGCUCGGUUUGCCACUGCUGAUGGGUCUGAAGUUGUGAGUGUCCUGAUUCGCCCCACCAAUCAGCUCAAGAUCACCUUUUUAGAGGCUAAAGAUGUUAGCGAUUUAGGUUCCUUGAAAGAGGCAGCAAAAAUCUUUGUUCCAGGCAUGUUUAAUUGUGCUUAUCAAACCAUUUUGGCUGGUUCGACUAUAUACACUGCCAGGACAAUCAAAAUAAAGGAAGAAGAAGGUUUGAGGACAUAUUACUUCUACGAAUUUGGUAGAUAUGACCAGCAUGUGGCGCUGGUGGCGGCAGUCAACAGUGGAAAGGCAAUCAUUGCUGGAGCAGCAGCCCCGCAAUGGAAGUGGGAUGACGUCGGAGUGAAGCUUCGUUCAGCUGCUAUCUCACUUACGGUCCUAUGAUAAAAUGCUCUUGACUCCGUUAGUACAAAUUUAUUAGAACAUUCAUAGUUUCAGUCCUUAACGAGGCUUCCUUAUGUAUGUCCUUAGAAGUAGACAUACUUGUAAUGUUGACAUUGAAAACCCAAGUCAUGAAAAACAAUGUCUUGAAGCUAGGAUGUUUUCAGACCAACGACAAGUUACCGCAACAUUACAAAUGUUUAUCGUUCUGAAUCACACAUUCAUAUUCACUCUCUUCUUUCA